CUCCGCCCAGGCAGCGUUUGAAAAUACAAGUGAAGGGAGGAGACCGACAGUUAGUUGAUGACUUGGUUAACUAAACACUUUUAUUCAUACCUGUCCCUCGUUUACUUUAGCUAGAGUAAAGUUUUAAGCUUCAGUGAUGUCUGGGGAGCUUGUGUGCUCAAUGCCGGAGGAGGUGAGAAACGCCGAGACAGAAAACAGCGUAGAAAUCACCAUCAAACUGACCAGCGAAGACCAUAAUGUCAACCAGCAGACAGAAGGCCAGACCGAGACCGUCUGUAGUGAGAUCAGACCAAACCACAGCCGGCUUUCUAAAGAUUUAUUUCGGACCAAAGAAGAAGAAGAAGAUGAUGAUGACAGUGGCACCCAUUAUCUGAAUAGUGAUGAGAGGCCAUGUACUCAUCUGCAGCGAGCAGAGAGGCCAGCAAAUGGAAAAGUGCCGGACACCUUCCAGACAGACCAUCUUCUGUACUAUGAGAGAUUCAAAGCAUAUCAAGAUUACGUGCUUGGUGACUGUAAAACAUCUGAAGUAGAAGCCUUCACGGCCGAGUACCUGGAGAAGAUAGUGGAGCCAUGUGAUUGGCAAGCCAUAUGGCACACGGAUGUGUUUGAUGUGCUGGUUGAAGUUGUUGAUGUCGAUUGUAAGGAGCUCAAGGCAAAGGUGGAGCUGGUGCUGCCGAUGGAGUGUGAGACCAGAGGCUGCGAUCUUACUGAAGAGUCCAUGAAGGUCCUGCUGGAGGCUACACUUCAUAAAGUGCCUCUUCUGGAGCUCUCGGUUGUCUAUGAUGAAUCCAGGGACUUUGAUCAGACUGCUUUGGCCCUGGAGCACCUCAGGUUAGUUGUUGAUGUCGAUUGUAAGGAGCUCAAGGCAAAGGUGGAGCUGGUGCUGCCGAUGGAGUGUGAGACCAGAGGCUGCGAUCUUACUGAAGAGUCCAUGAAGGUCCUGCUGGAGGCUACACUUCAUAAAGUGCCUCUUCUGGAGCUCUCGGUUGUCUAUGAUGAAUCCAGGGACUUUGAUCAGACUGCUUUGGCCCUGGAGCACCUCAGCCAGUUUAUCCCUCAAUUUCACAGUGACCCAGUGCUUGCGGUCAGUGCGUGCUAUGAGGGGGAUGUGGUCAUUGUAUGCCCUGGCCUUUACAGCAUCACCAGCUCCAUCAGUAUUGUUGACUCCAUCGAGGUUGAAGGAUACGGUCUGCCGGACGAGGUGGUGAUCGAGAAGCGUAACAAGGGUGACACUUUUGUGGAGUCAACAGGAGCAAAUGUCAAACUCUCAAAUCUAAAGUUCAUACAGCGCGACGCCAUUGAAGGCAUCUUGUGUGUUCGCCAGGGGAAGCUGGAAAUGGAAAAUUGUGUGAUGCAGUGUGAGACCACAGGUGUGAUUGUGCGAUCGGCGGCCCAGCUCGGCAUGAACAUGUGCGACCUGUAUGGCUCCAAGGGUGCCGGUGUGGAGAUCUACCCUGGGAGUGUAUGCAGUCUGGAGGGCAAUGGCAUCCAUCACUGCAAGGAGGGGAUCCUGAUUAAGGAUUUUGCAGACGAGUUGGACGCCAUGCCUAAAAUCACCAUGGUGAAUAACGUGAUCCACAACAAUCAGGGCUACGGUGUUAUCUUGGUGAAGCCAGGUGAUGCUGCCGUGGAGGAUCUUCUCGCAGAGCCCAAUGCCGCAGAUGAGAAAGAGGAAGAAUCUGAGGACACAGGAGUAAAAUCAGAGGCUGAUAUAGAUGAUGAUGAUGAUGAUAAUGUGCCUGUCAUUGUUGUGGAGGAAGAGUGCCCAGCCAUCCAACAUGGUCACUCAGUCCCUCCAGACUUCACUGAGGGAAAUGAUGCCAUCAAACAAGAGUUGGUUGCCACAUCGGCCAAGAAACACAGGCUUCAGAAGAGCCGGAUGAAAGCACUAGGGGCCAUGCAGGCUGAUGAGAAUCUACUCUCACAGGAAAUGUUCAUUUCCAUUCAUGGAAAUCAGUUUAAGCACAAUGGAAAGGGAAGUUUUGGUACCUUUCUGUACUGAAGGCUUCUCUACGGCAAGCAUGCACAGACACACUUUAGUGUUUAAUUAUUUAUUCAGUGUUUCUUCAAUUUUGCUUCGUUUAUUUUGUGAGCUUUCAUUAAUUACUGUGUGAGUGAAAUGCCAAAUGAAUUAAAUGUGCUAAAAUGUGUAGCCUUUUAAACGUUCUAUUUUUAUCUUGUGACUUUUUGAAUUUAGUUUUUGUUUAUCAGACAGUUUUUAAACACUGAAACACUUGUACAUAAAAUAACACAAAAGAGCGGCAUCUUGGAAAUUUUGUUCACAAUAUCUCAUGUUUAAGAACAAACAUGUUCAAAGACAGUUUACACAGUUCAUGUUUUGUCCACACUCUAGUUUAAUGGUUACUAUAGUCACUAAUGAGCACUAAAAGCAUUUAGUCACUAAAAAGCAGAAGCAGUCAUAUAUUUUUUUUCUUAAUUGUCUCAUUAUAUUUUGUAGAAAUAAAGAAGAUUUAUUCUUCCAAAUUGCAAAAAUCUGCUUUAUGUAAUUUACUCUAUAAACAAAAAAGCAUAGAAGAGUAAGAUAGUUACUGGUUUUGCCGGUGUUUAGGCAUCCCUUUUGUGAAAAAUUUAAUCCCAUUUAUUAAAUUACC